AUGUCUACUCCUGUUCCUGAUGAGUCCCUUAGCGAUACUCAGGCUGAAGCUAAGAAAGCCAAAGAAAAGGGCGGCAAGAUGAUGGUCGAUCCGUUUGAGGUGCGCAUGCGCUUCACGACUCAGCUGCAGCACCUCAGUGCAUCAGUCACGUCCGCGCAGAAAGCUGCCCUCUAUGCGCUCAAAUAUCGGGAUCUGGAUGAGGACCUUCAUUCCUGUAUCCUAGAGCAGCUUGAGCGGAACAACAUGAACAACCGCGCGAACAUCAUGUACUUCAUCGAGCAUCUCUGCGACAUGGCCCUCAAGGAAAACCACCCGGCCUACGUCCGCAUGAUGCAGCGCGACAUUCUCCGCGUGGUCGACUCCGUCGUUCCUCCCGAUGGCACCGGCGCAGCCAACGUCAAGCACGUCCGCCACGUUCUCAACGGUCUCCAGACCAAGAAUGUCCUCACCUCCGAGAGCGUGACCGAGAUUGACGCAGCUCUGAAGGACCGUGACACCCACCCCUCCCAUCUCGAUAUGGAUCACGAAGAAGGAACUGAGGAGGGAAGCAAGGCAAAGGCUGGCACCCCUCAGAUACGCCUCGACAAGAAGCAAAUCGAGCAGCGCAUUGAGGAGGACCGCGAGCGCAACAAGCGCCUUCGUGAGAACAUGUGGGCGGUCACGGGCAAUGACCAGGACGAAUACAACCAGAUGUGGGAGGAACUUAGUGAUCUUGGGGAGGAUGACUUUACUCGAUUCCGUGAGGAGGCUGAGGAGCGCCAGGAAUGUGUCCGGAAACACAUGGAAUUCUGGACCGCGAAAGCUGCUGAAAAGUGA